GAGUUCAAAACAGCCAUCAAAUACCAUCAACAUGGUCUAGAAAUUGCUAAAGAGGUAGGAGACAAGGCCGAAGAGGGAGACAGUUAUGGCAAUCUCGGCGUUGCUUAUGACAGACUAGGAGAGUUCAAAACAGCCAUCAAGUACCACCAACGUCAUCUAGAAAUUGCUAAAGAAGUUGGAGACAAGGCCAGAGAGGGAAGAAGUUAUUUCAAUCUUGGCAUUACUUAUUACAAUCUAGGAGAGUUCAAAACAGCCAUCAAGUACCAUCAACGUGGUCUACAAAUUGCUAAAGAAGUGGGAGACAAGGCUGGAGAAGGAAACAGUUGUGGCAAUCUCGGCAACGCUUAUCGACAUCUAGGAGAGGUCAAAACAGCCAUCAAGUACCACCAAUGUCAUCUAGAAAUUGCUAAAGAAGUGGGAGACAAGGCCGGAGAGGGAGGAAGUUAUGGCAAUCUCGGCAAUGCUUAUGACAGUCUAGGAGACUUCAAAACAGCCAUCAAGUACCAUCAACGUGGUCUAGAAAUUGCUAAAGAAGUGGGAGACAAGGCCGGAGAGGGACGAAGUUAUUGCAAUCUCGGCAUUGCUUAUGACAGUUUGGGAGAGUUCAAAACAGCUAUCAAGUACCACCAACGUUCUCUAGAAAUUGCUAAAGAAGUAGGAGACAAGGCUGGACAGGGAAGAAGUUAUUGCAAUCUCGGCAUUGCUUAUGACAGUCUAGGAGACUUCAAAACAGCCAUCAAGUACCAUCAACGUCAUCUAGAAAUUGCUAAAGAAGUGGGAGACAAGGCCGGAAAAAGAAUCAGUUAUAGCAAUCUCGGCAACGCUUAUCAAGGUCUAGAAGACUUCAAAACAGCUAUCACGUACCAUCAACGUGAUCUAGAGAUUGCUAAAGAGGUGGGAGACAAGGCCGGGGAAAGAAUCAGCUAUAGCAAUCUCGGCAACGCUUAUCGACAUCUAGGAGAGUUCAAAACAGCCAUCAAGUACCACCAACGUCAUCUAGAAAUUGCUAAAGAAGUGGGAGACAAGGCCGGAGAGGGAGGAAGUUAUGGCAAUCUCGGCAACGCUUAUGACAGUCUAGGAGACUUCACAACAGCCAUCGAGUACCAUCAACGUCAUCUAGAGAUUGCUAAAGAAGUGGGAGACAAGGCAGGAGAGGGAAACAGUUAUUGCCGUCUCGGCAACGCUUAUCGUCGUCUAGGACAGUUCAAAACAGCCAUCAAGUACCACCAACGUCAUCUAGAAAUUGCUAAAGAAGUGGGAGACGAGGCAAGAGAGGGAAGAAGUUAUUUCAAUCUUGGCAUUACUUAUUCCAAUCUAGGAGAGUUCAAAACAGCCAUCAAGUACCACCAACGUCAUCUAGAAAUUGCUAAAGAAGUGGGAGACAAGGCCGGAGAAAGAAUCAGUUAUAGCAAUCUUGGCAACGCUUAUCAAGGUCUAGAAGACUUCAAAACAGCUAUCACGUACCACCAAAGUGAUCUAGAAAUUGCUAAAGAAGUUGGAGACAAGGCUGGAGAGGGAAAUAGUAAUUGCCGUCUUGGCAACGCUUAUCGUUGUCUAGGAGAGUUCCAAACAGCCAUCAAGUACCACCAACGUCAUCUAAAAAUUGCUAAAGAGGUGGGAGAUGAGGCCAGAGAGGGAAAAAGUUAUUUCAAUCUUGGCGUUACUUAUUGCAAUUUAGGAGAGUUCAAAACAGCCAUCAAGUACCACCAACGUCAUCUAGAAAUUGCUAAAGAAGUGGGAGACAAGGUUGGAGAAAGAAUUAGUUAUAGCAAUCUCGGCAAUGCUUAUCAAGGUCUAGAAGACUUCAAAACAUCUAUCACGUACCACCAACGUGAUCUAGAAAUUGCUAAAGAAGUGGGAGACAAGGCCGGAGAGGGAAACAGCUAUUGCCGUCUCGGCAACGCUUAUCGUCGUCUAGGAGAGUUCAAAACAGCCAUCAAGUACCACCAACGUCAUUUAGAAAUUACUAAAGACGUGGGAGACAAGGCCAGAGAAAGAAUCAGUUAUAGCAAUCUCGGCAACGCUUAUCAAGGUCUAGAAGACUUCAAAACAUCUAUCACGUACCACCAACGUCAUCUACAAAUUGCUAAAGAAGUGGGAGACGAGGCCGGAGAGGGAAGAAGUUAUUUCAAUCUUGGCAUUACCUAUUACAAUCUAGGAGAGUUCAAAACAGCCAUCAAGUACCAUCAACGUGGUCUAGAAAUUGCUAAAGAAGUGGGAGACAAGGCCAGAGAGGGUAACAGUUGUGGCAAUCUCGGCAACGCUUAUCGACAUCUAGGAGAGUUCAAAACAGCCAUCAAGUACCACCAACGUCAUUUAGAAAUUACUAAAGACGUGGGAGACAAGGCCGGAGAGGGAAUCGGUUAUUUCAAUCUAGGCGUUGCUUAUGACAGUCUAGGAGAGUUCAAAACAGCCAUCAAGUACCAUCAACGUGGUCUAGAAAUUGCUAAAGAAGUAGGAAACAAGGCCGUUGAGGGAAACAGUUAUGACAAUCUCGGCAACGCUUAUCGACAUCUAGGAGAGUUCAAAACAGCCAUCAAGUACCACCAACGUCAUCUAGAAAUUGCGAAAGAAGUGGGAGACAAGGCCGGAGAGGGAAGAAGUUAUUGCAAUCUCGGCAUUGCUUAUAACUAUCUAGGACAGUUGAAAACAGCCAUCAAGUACCAUCAACGUGGUCUAGAAAUUGCGAAAGAAGUAGGAGACAAGGCCACAGAGGGAAACAGUUAUGGCAAUCUUGGCAAUGCUUAUCGAGAUCUCGGAGAGUUCAAAACAGCCAUCAAGUACCACCAACGUCAUCUAGAAAUUGCCAAAGAAGUGGGAGACAAGGCCGGAGAGGGAAACAGUUAUUGCAAUCUCGGCAUUGCUUAUAACAGUCUAGGUGAGUUGAAAACAGCCAUCAAGUACCACCAACGUCAUCUAGAAAUUGUUAAAGACGUGGGAGACAAGGCCGGAGAGGGAAGAAGUUAUUGCAAUCUCGGCCUUGCUUAUGACAGUCUAGGAGAGUUCAAAACAGCUAUCAAGUACCACCAGCGUCAUCUAGAAAUUGCUAAAGAAGUGGGAGACAAGGCCGGAGAGGGAAGCAGUUACUGCAAUCUUGGCAACGCUUAUUACAGUCUAGGAGAGUUCAAAAGAGCCAUCACGUACCACCAACGUCAUCUAGAAAUUGCUAAAGAAGUGGGAGACAUGGCCGGAGAGGGAAAAUGUUAUUGCAACCUCGGCAACGCUUAUAAAAGUCUAGGACAAUUGAAAACAGCCAUCAAGUACCAUCAACGUGGUCUAGAAAUUGCUAAAGAAGUAGGAGACAAGGCCGUAGAGGGAAAAAGUUAUGGGAAUAUCGGCAACGCUUAUCGACAUCUAGGAGAGUUCAAAACAGCCAUCAAGUACCACCAACUUGAUCUAGAAAUUGCUAAAGAGGUGGGAGACAAGGCCGGAGAGGGAAGAAGUUAUUGCAAUCUUGGCAACGUUUAUGUUAGUCUAGGAGAGUUCAAAACAGCCAUCAAGUACCACCAACGUCAUCUAGAAAUUGUUAAAGAAGUGGGAGACAUAGCCGGAGAAGGAAAAAGCUAUUGCAAUCUCGGGGUUGCUUAUUACAGACUAGGAGAGUUCAAAACAGCCAUCAAGUACCACCAACGUCAUUUAGAAAUUGCUAAAGAAGUGGGAGACAAGGCCGGAGAGGGAGGAAGUUAUGGCAAUCUCGGCACCGUUUAUGACAGUCUAGGAGAGUUGAAAACAGCUAUCAAGUACCACCAACGUCAUCUAGAAAUUGCUAAAGACGUGGGUGACAAGGCUGGAGAGGGAAGAAGUUUUGGCAGUCUCGGCGUUGCUUAUCACCGUCUAGGAGAGUUCAAAACAGCCAUCGAGUACCAUCAACGUGAUUUAGAAAUUGCUAAAGAAGUGGGAGACAAGGCCAGAGAGGGAACAAGUUAUGGCAAUCUCGGCAUUGCUUAUGACCGUCUAAGAAAGUUCAAAAUAGCAAUCGAGUACCAUCAACGUGAUCUAGAAAUUGCUAAAGAAGUGGGAGACAAGGCCGGAGAGGGAAGAAGUUAUGGCUAUCUUGGCAACGCUUACAACGGACUUAAACAGUUCAAAACAGCAGAGGAGUACUAUCAACGUGAUCUAGAAAUUGCUAAAGAACUGGGAGACAAGGCCGGAGAGGGAAUCAGUUAUUGCCGUCUCGGAAUGAAUCAUCUCUGUCAAAGAGAUUUGAAAACGGCAAUCGAGUGUUGUCAACGUCGCGUAGUAAUAUCAAAAGAAGUGGGAGACAAAACUGGAGAGGCGUGCUCACUCUGUUCUCUUGGAAGCAGCUUUGAGUGCCUAGGAAAUCUUGUGAUGGCCUCUGACCAUUAUCACUCGAGUGUGCAGUUGCAUGAUGGUAUCAGGGCCAGUCUUCAACUCAACGAUCAGUGGAAGAUUUCUUAUCGUAAUCAGCACCAAAGUGCAUACAGAGGUUUGUGGCGUAUAAACCUCAAACAAGGUCAAGUUGUAAAAGCGCUUCUUGCUGCAGAGAAUGGACGUGCUCAAGCUCUGAGAGAUCUCAUGGCCACAAAUUAUCAGCCUGGAGAUUCUUUAACGCCCAGCGCAUCCCGUAUUUUUCUGAAGUGGGUUACAGUGAGCACAGUUUUCAUAGCUAUUAAUGGACCAUGCGUUUACCUCUGGGUUUGCCUCAGUGAAGACAACAUCCAGAUGAGAAUUGUACACGUCAACAAUUAUAAGUUUGAGAAUGAAUUGGAAAGUUUUAUCCAGCUUCUGAACAAAACUGCUCUGAAGGAGAUCGGUGUAAGAGAUACUGUUACAAUCGAAAAUCCUCCUUGUGAUUCGCCGACAGGAGAGGAAGUGGCCAAUAAUGUGAUCCAAGUUGAUGUGAGGCACUCCCAAUCAAGUGCUUUAAAGAAGCUGCAUGACAUUGUCAUUACUCCUAUUGCUGAUCUGAUCGAAGCCAACGAACUAACAUUUGUUCCUGAGGGGCCAUUUUGCCUUGUUCCAUACGCAGCGUUGCAGGACUCCAACUCAUCAUAUCUAAGUGAUUCUUUCAGAAUUCGUGUGCUUCCCUCUCUGACGACGUUGCAACUAAUUCAUGAUUGUCCAGCUGACUUUCACUUGAAGACUGGUGCAUUGCUUGUCGGCGACCCAUGUUUCAAACACAUCAUCUAUGAGGGAACACUUUUGGUGCAACUUCUAGGAGCAAGGAAAGAAGUGGAGAUGAUCGGACGUAUCCUAAAUGUUUCCCCCCUCACUGGAGAAAUGGCAACAAAACACGAAGUGUUAAAACGAAUAUCAUCAGUGGCGCUAGUUCACAUUGCAGCGCACGGUAAAAUGGAAACUGGAGAAGUUAUCCUGGCACCAAACACCACAAGAGAAAACCCUCAGCCGCAAGAGGAAGACUAUCUACUGACUACGAAAGAUGUCAUAGAAGCUGGGUUGCGAGCACGUCUGGUUGUACUUAGCUGCUGUCACACUGCUCGUGGGGAGGUCAUGGCCGAGGGUGUGGUCGGCAUGGCGCGUGCACUUUUGGCUGCCGGUGCUAGAUCUGUUGUGGUAACCUUGUGGGCGAUUGGCGACGAGGGAACCCUAGAGUUCAUGAGUUUCUUUUACGAUGCACUUUCCAAAGGCAAGAAGGCAAGUGAAGCUCUCAAUCAGGCCAUGAAGUGUAUGAGAGAAAUUGAAAAGUUCAAGGAGGUGAUUUACUGGGCACCAUUUGUACUCAUUGGUGAUGACGUCAACCUGGAUUUCAAGGAUAUUAGAAGCCGAAACAAGUAA